AUGCACCUACGAGUACGGGUACUCCACCAAGGGGCUGGAGCGCGAGUCUGUGCCGCGUGCACCAAGGCCGAGCAUCAACUGCCGUCCGGAUCUACGUUGAAACGAUGCGGCCGAUGCCAGAAAGCAACCUACUGUUCUAAAGAAUGUCAGACAUCGCACUGGCCGCAACACAAGAACGAAUGCCCUCGACGAGGCCCGACGGCGGCAGCAGCAGCGGCGGCAGGAUCCAACGGCGGAAACGGCAACGCUCCUCACCCUCGUCUCGUCGACUACUUCCGCUCGCUCGACUCCGAGACCAAGACCUACCAGAUGCUCAUCGACACGUUCCGUCUGCGCUGCGAAGACGACUACACGUGGGGCCAGCACAACCACGGCAUCUACGGCGGUGACCCCCCGCUGCCGGUGUUCCGCGACUUCCUGGCCCGCGCGAGGGCCGCGGGCAUGUUGCCAGCGUGGUGGAACCAAGAGAAGCAGACGGCCUGCGAGCGCGUGGCCACCACGGACGACCACUUCAACAUCGCGUACUCGGUCGAGAAGUCCGACAUCCAGGACCACUACAGCGAUCCCAUGAUGCCGAUGAUGCUCCGCAUGGUCGCGGAGAACGUCUACGGAGGCGGCUACGGCUUGGGCCAGAGACCAAUGCCCGAGAACUAUGUAUGUCAAUGUUGA